AGCCCCAUCACUGAAUUGGUCGUCCCUCUGAGCUAAGUCGGGCAUUUUGGGUUCAAUCAGAGGCAAUUGUAGGACAGAGAAUUGAGAGUGAAGUUGGAGGCCGACGAUGCCGACGGAGGUCUGGAAAACGAGGAUUAUGAUGCCCCGGAAAUUCGUAUUUAUUUUCCGAGGAUUUUCCGGAAUUUAAAUUGUGGUUAUUGGACGAUUUCAUGGCUCUUGGAUGGAGCGGAAGUGUUUCGGAUGAAUUUUUAUUCGAAAAGUAUGACUUUGGGGGGGGGGGGGGGGGUUGCUAAGGUUGACUUUUGAUACGUUGAGAUUCUCAGAAAACUUCCUUCACGAAAGUUGUAGAGCGCGUCGAUACGAGUUCGUGGACAUGCGGAACGCGAGAAUCGGAGUUCAUAUGAGAAAGUUAUGAGUGUUUGAAGAUUUUGGAAAAUUACUAUAUAUAGGGGUUUCCCUUUCGGGAAAAUUACUAUUUCCAUUUUGGUAAGUUUCCAUUUCAGGAAACUCAGAAAAAUCCUCCGUUCUCUCUCAUCACCCGCGCUCGACCCGACCCGAACCCGGUGAUCCGACUCGGAUUUUCCGGCGACGGCAGACCACCAGACGAGCCCAGAUCAGUUCGCCUCCUCCGUGCGCUCCUCCCUGUGGUGUCCUCUAGCGCCGAUUCUCGGUGGUGGCGGCGGUGGAAGGCGGUGCAGUCGGAGGUUUUUCGACCGGAUCGAAAAACGCAGCUCCGACAUCGGCGGGGCUUCUAGCUGGGCUUGGGGAACUCAGAGCAGCCUCCACUAUGCCAAUAAUGCCUUCAGACGACACAUUUCAGACGACAGAAUUUUUGUUUUCUGUCGUCUGAAUCUUUUAAACUUCUUUAGACGACAUAUAAAUUAAUUCUGUAGUCUGAAUAGCAUGAGAAUCCAUACUAUUUCAGUUUUUUCAUCUUUUUAGUGAGUUAGAAAAUUAAAACGACAUAUAUCUGUCGUUUAAAAUAACUGAUAAAUUCGCAUGAAAAAGUGGAAAUUUAGGACAACAUUCAUAUGUCGUCUGAGUAAACGGGAAACUAACAGCUAAUUUGCUAAUCUAAAGUAUUCCCUAAAAAAGAAAAACUCGGGCUCGUUUUGCUAGGACCUUUCCCUUAGCUAAAAGAAAAAAAGAACCAACCCUAGAUCUAAAAACACAAUUGCCGCCUCUCACUCUCAGUCAAUCUCUCCCUCGCACGCUCGAUCUCACUCUCAUGAACCUCAGUCCCUCAAUCCCUUUCACCCUCUCAAGCUCACACACACUCUCAUCCUCCUGCGAUUCCGGCAAAGCAAGUUUGGGUAUGGAAGUUUUGGGUAUGGAAGUUUUGGGUAUAGAAGUUUGGGUAAAGUAAGUUUGGGCAAGGUUCCCUCUAGUCGGUCUAGCCGGUUCCUGGGCGGCGCUAGGCGGGUAUGCUGGGCUCUGGGCGGUCGCGAUUAGGCGCUCUGUUCUAAUUUUUUUUUCCCCUAAACUCCUCGUCACUAUAAGCACUUGAAUUCUGGACUCAAAUCAAUUUAAACUCCUCGAAACAUAAAGGGCGACUACAGUCACCGUCUUCUAUCUCUCUCUUAGGCACGGCCGCAUUGGUGUUCAAUUUGCAGCAAAGCAUAGACGUCCUCAAGUUUGGUUCGAUUUCGAAUUCUUCAAGCUUGAAACUGCCUUGCAACACAGCUCUCUUCUUUCGAUAUUGCAUUGCUAUUGUUGUUGCUGUAGUGAAAGGUUGGAGUACUGGGAGUGGUGAUUAGCUAGGCUGUGACUUAAGCAAAUUAAGAUGGAAAAAGGAUGGAUGCAUGCUGAUAGGAGAUCGUUGAGGUUUCAAAUAGGGUUUAGAAAGUCUAAUCGUUCGGCCGUUCAAAGAAAGUCUGUCUGUUUAGAAGUGAUCUCUAUACCAUGGCCAACAACCUAGAAGUAUCAAAUCGUGUACUAGUGUUUUACAUGAGCUACCUUCAUGAAGUCUUGAAGAAGUGUAAGAUGGUGGAUAUGGUUGCCUUUGUUGAUCCUGAUCAGACUGGUACACUUGGGUGUGGAAAUCCCACUGAAAGGGCUCGAUCUUUGUCAGAUCGCUAUAGGCAAGGGAGGUUAGGGCAAAUCUUUGUGGUUCCAUAUAACUCAGGUGCUCAUUGGAUGUUGACGAUUGUGAACCCAAAUGAAGAAGUCGUGCACUUCAUGGAUCCACUUAAAAGGCGAAUCGAUACUGGGGAAUGGAAAUCUAUUGUCAACAACUCCAUUAAAAUCUAUAAUGCUCACAAGAAUCGGAAAGGAAGGAAAGUAAUUCAAUGGAAGAAUCUUGCUGGUAUUCCGGAGCAAAAAAAUGACAAGACUUGUGGAUAUUUCAUUAUGCGUUACAUGAAAGAAAUUGUGGAGGACAAGAACUUGGAUUUUAGCAUGAAGUGGGGAACGAGGUCAAAUUUGGUUUACACAGACAAUGAUAUUGAUGAGAUCUGAGCGGAAUAGGCUAAGCAUGUUUUGAAGUUCCCAGAAAAUUAAGUAUCAGCCUAUAUAUAUGCUUUUGUUUCUGGUAGGUUAUGAGCAGUAGUAGUGUCUAGGAACUGCUUUUGUGCAUUUUGACAGAACUGCCUAUAUAUAUGCUUUUGUUUCUGGUAGGUUAUGAGCAGUAGUAGUGUCUAGGAACUUGCUUUUGUGCAUUUUGACAGAACUGAUGGAAAGUGUUGAACAAAUGCAUGCAGUUGCUGUAACUACUCUAUGGAUGCUACUAGGUUUUUGUCUUAGUUAGAUUAAGAUCCGUGCAACAAUGGCAGUCAUUAAAAUCAUUUAAUGUAAAGGCUAGCAUGCUAGCUAGUUUAGUAUUAUGCUACUGAUGGGAAUGUAUUUUGGUGGGUUGAUUUAUGCAAUGAGGAAUUUGCUGA